GGCCUUCCGGGUCCAGCAGUCCCUAAUUAAGGAAAACAAAGUGCUGUUCCUGAGCCAACAAAAACACGCCUGAUCACCCCUUUCUGACAAACAAUAUUCAGCAAAGGCCAGAUUAAGCGUGAGCUAAUUUGGAUAUCAGAUUUCUUACAAGCAAAUACCCUUAAAAAGGCAAGGUCUGAAAAACAUACACCAACUUGUAGUGAUCUCCAUUCUGUAUCGUUCUGUGUAUAAAGGUGUGUGUGUGUGUGUACAGUGAGUGCUACUGAGAGACUCCUCCUUAACAGCAAACAGGAUGAAACACUCCCCCUACGUCUCUCAUCAUUCUUUUGCAGUGCCUCCUACCUUAUCUCUCUUGAGGGAAAGGGUUAUAGUGAGUGCCACAUCCUGUGCAACCGCUUUCUGGAACUGUAGACCAUUCCCUAUUAAAGAUACAGUGCUGUGGAGGAAAGACCCUGAGGUGAGGAACAGAACAGAGGAGAAGAGAAAGUGCAGUCAGCAGCAGAGCGGGAUUAUAUAGUUGGAGUGUAAGUGAAGAAGAGGAGUGCUGGCUCAUACUGGAGGGCUAUAAUGAAGCAGAAGGGUGAAGUGGAAGACAGCACAACACUGAUCACCAUGUCUGAGCUCCCUGACUAUAACUACGGAAGCAUGGGCAUGGGUGGAUCACCUCAGAAGGAUAGGAAUGUGUUUAGUGAUGGAGUCACAUGCAUUGAUUUUGUGCUGGUAUGGGAGGAGCCUGUGAAUCAAGCAAAGCCUGAUGAACCAGAAGACAAAUCAUCCAACACCACCAAUGAUAUCCACAGGAAGUGGAGGACGGAGUUCCUGUCCAGGCUGCAAACUGCUGGCCUGCAUCAGGAGAUGAAAGAGGUUGUGCAGGGCAAGACAAAGACAACAUAUGUGCUAUUGAGUGCCCCCUGGAAUGUACUAUGUUAUUAUGCAGAGGAGAUCAGCCUCCGGGUACCAUUACAGGUUGAGACAUCUCGAGAAUCCAAUUGGUCAGAAACAGCCCUCAGAAAUUUACACAUCCCUAAUAUCUUUGCUCAGGAAGUACCCAACCCUCCACCAGACUACUACACCUGCCAGUUCCGCUCGAACAAGCUGGAGAGGUUUCUUGGCCAUGAAAACAAGGAGACUUUCUUCAAGAUGACACAGAGGCAUCAAAUUCUGUAUGAGAUAUUAGCUAGGACGCAGUUUGGAACGUUAAAGAGAGGAGAGGUUGGGAUAGCCAGGCUGGUCAGUGAGAAUGUGUUCACUGCUGCCUAUCCCUUACAUGAGGGGCAUUAUCAACUACCCAAAAGUCCACUUAACCCUGACUCUCUGAGCAUGAGGCAGAUCUUGUAUCAGUAUUGGGCACGUUGGGGCUGCUGGAAGAAAUACCAGCCUCUGGACCACAUUCGUGAAUAUUUCGGCGAGAAGGUCGCACUCUACUUUGCCUGGUUAGGCUUUUAUACAGGGUGGCUACUUCCUGCUGCAGUUGUAGGCUUCCUCAUGUCUUUAUUUGGAAUCUGGCUUAUGGUCACUGAUGUCCCAGCGCUGGAGAUGUGCAACAGUGGUGACAGUAUUGUCAUGUGUCCAAUCUGUAACAUCUGCAGCUACUGGAACCUCUCCAGCAUCUGCUAUACUUAUAAAGCAGGAUUAUUAUUUGACAAUGGUGGAACGGUGUUCUUCAGUAUUUUCAUGUCCCUCUGGGCAGUCACCUUCCUGGAGUACUGGAAGCGUACCAGCUCUGUCCUGGCCCACAGAUGGGACUGCUCCGAGUUUGAGGAGACUGAGGAAAGGCCAAGGCCAGAGUUCACUGCCAUGGCACCAAUGACAGUCCGUAAUCCUAUAACAGGGGCGGAGGAGCCACAUUUCCCAGAGAUUAGCCGGUUUCGGCGCAUGGUGACUGGCAACAUGGUCAUCAUUCUGAUGAUUGCUGUAGUUUUGAUGUUCUUGAUAGCUAUUAUUCUCUACCGGACCAUCCUGAGCAUCAUCAUCUACAAUUCUCAGAAUUCUUUUUUCAUAUUCUCUGCUGGGAGGAUAGCAAGUCUCACUGGCUCAGUGCUAAACUUGGUGGUGAUUAUGUUACUAUCUAAGGUCUACACACGUCUUGCCCAAAUCCUGACCCGAUGGGGUGAGCAAGCAUGUGCUGAAGUUUCAUCCGUGGUUGUUGUGAUAAUGCAGAGCUCAUGUUUUUUUUUUAUUUUUUAUUUUUUACCACCAACAGAAAUGCACCGUACUCAGACCAAAUAUGAAGAUGCUUUUAUUCUCAAAGUGUUCAUCUUCCAGUUUGUCAACUUCUACUCUUCUCCCGUGUACAUUGCAUUUUUUAAGGGCAGGUUUGUUGGAUAUCCUGGAAACUAUUAUACACUUUUUGGGAUUCGAAAUGAAGAUUGUGGUGCUUCGGGAUGUCUUAUUGAGCUUGCUCAAGAGCUGUUGGUCAUCAUGGUAGGAAAACAAGUCAUCAACAAUGUUCAAGAAUUUGUUCUUCCUAAGUUAAAGGCAUGGUGGCACAAGCGGAAACUUCAUCCAGCUCAAAGAGAGAAGGGAACAAAUGAUCAAGAUGGUUUGGCACCCUGGGAAAUGGAUUAUAGUCUGUUGGUGUGCGAGGGCCUAUUUGAUGAAUAUCUGGAAAUGGUUCUGCAGUUUGGUUUCAUUACAAUCUUUGUGGCGGCUUGUCCCUUGGCACCACUCUUCGCGCUGGUGAAUAACUGGGUGGAGGUACGUCUAGAUGCACAGAAAUUUGUGUGUGAGUACCGUAGGCCCGUGGCUCAGCGGGCGCAGGACAUCGGGAUAUGGUUUACAAUCCUAGAGGUCAUCACCUACCUGGCUGUGAUUAGCAAUGCUUUCCUGAUUGCUUUCACAUCUGAUUUCCUGCCACGUCUCUACUAUCGCUACACCACUGAGGGCACUCUGAAAGGCUACAUCAAUUUCACCCUCUCUGUUGCACCCAACAACUUCACCCAAAGUGAUAUGCAGUGCAGGUAUCGGGGAUUCAGAGACGAAAGGGGACAUCACACUCCUGAGUACUAUAAUCUGCUGGCUAUUCGACUAGGUUUCGUCAUUAUAUUUGAGCAUGUGGCAUUCCUAAUUGGGCGCAUGAUUGACUGGAUGGUACCUGAUGUUCCAGAGGAGGUGGAGAUAAAGAUCAAGAGGGAGCACUACAUGGCUAAAGAAGCUCUAGCUGAGAAUCAGGACUUAGAAGCGGCUGUAGAAUCAUCUGUAUUACGACGCAGAGGAAAAUCAGAGAGAUCCACACCCUCACCUCAAGACACUCUCUCCUCUCUGCCAAGUGUGACUACUGAGGACAUUUCUAAGGACGUCUGACAUUUAUCCAGGACAUGGAUGAGUGGACAUGAUGUAUUCAUAAGACUAAGAGAAAAACACAAAGGUUCAUGCUCUGGCUAAUUAAAAAUCAACCACAAAAUAAGAAUAAAUGUUAUUAAAUUGGUUUAGUUCAAGUACUCAAAUAGUCCACUGACCAAUGACAAUUUCUGUCCAUCUGGACGAAUCAUUUGCUUGCUUUUGUAUUUCUCAAAAUCUUGUAAGGGCAAUUGCAAAACUACGAAAUAUCUUUAUUUAGUUUGAUUAUUGUGACACUACCAGUUUGAGAACUCAGUAAUACAGUGCAAUUGUGCAAUCUCAGUCAUGACAAUUCAGUGAUUACAAGAUGUUAUAUUUUUACAUGACACAUAAUUUUCAGAAGUCUCAUACUGUAUUAUUACCCAUACAAUAACCUAAAUAAAUUCUUAAAAGAAGCAGGGGUUUUGUUUUAAAAGCAUUCAAUGUGUUAUGAAACCUACAUAUAGUUAUUAUGUUAUGUUUAUUUUUAUUAUGUAUUUAUUAUGUUUAGUAUAUUGUCCCCCACCAUUUACAUAUUACAGUACAUUUACACACAGUAGGGAUUAACACAAUGCUCUUAUCUCUAUCUGUUUAGUAUGCAAAAUAUUUGUAUCUGUUUUCAUAUUCA